AUGCAAUAUGGUUUUACUAAUGAUUUGGAUAUGGAACAAAAUAUUCAUUCAUAUCCAAUCUAUCAACAACAGCAACAACAACAACAACAACAUAAUUUUUUAAAAUCAUCUGUGUCGAAUAAUAGUAUGAUAACAACAAAUGAUAUUUAUCAAUCAUCAUUAUCAAAUAGUAAUACAAAUUAUCAAUCUUUUUAUUUUCCUUCAUCAAUUGAUUUUGAUAAUUCAAAUCAAUAUCAUUCAACAGAUAAUUAUCAUUUCGAUUAUCAAUCAUCAUCUGAUAUUUCAUCAACUCACCUUACGGAUUCAUAUUCAAAUAUAUUUUCAAAUAAUUCUUCUAUAGAUCCAUAUUCUACUCAAACAGUAUAUAAUUCGACAUACAUGACGCCAACAGAUUCAUAUGAAACUCAUCAUCCAAUAUAUACUCAUUCGAAUACUGCUGUUCCGUCGACAUCAUCCAUUGGUAUACAACUUAAUUAUCAAUCAACAAUGUCACAAUGGAACUUAGAUAGAAUGAAAAUGUCUAGUCAUGAUGUUAUAUCAACAUCGAAUCCUAGUAAACAACCAUGUCUUGUAUGUCAUGAAGAAUCGUCCGGAUAUCAUUUUGGUGCAUAUACAUGUGAAUCAUGUAAAGCAUUCUAUCGACGAGUAACUAAAGAUCCAAACAUUGAAAUCAAACAUUCUUGUGAAAUUCCAUUACCAAAUAUUACAAAAUCAAAUCGAAAAGAUUGUCGAGCUUGUCGUAAAGAUAAAUGUGAUCAAGUAGGAAUGACAAUUAUAUCAAAAGAUCGUAUAACACGAACAAAAUCUCUAUCAAAAUCAUCUUUAAUAUCAAUAAAUAAUUUACUUGAACAACUUGCAUAUGAUCUUACUUAUAAUCAACUAUCAACAUCAUCAGCAUUAGAAAAUCUUCUUCAUCUACUUGAUUUACCAUUAAUUAUUUCAAUUAAUUUUGAUUAUCAUUCACUUUAUAUGAAUGCUAUUCAAAUAUGGAGAAAUCAAUAUAAUCAUUUUUCACAAAUAUUUACUAAUAUAUCAUUAAAUGAUACAUUUGCUGUACUACUUUUUCUUUUUUAUUCUCUUAUGAUAAUGAAUGAAAAUAAAUUAACAAAUAAUAUUAAAUUUGAUAAACUUAUUCAUAUACUUCAACAAGAAAUCAAUCAUAUAACUGGUACAAAUCAUCGAUUAGCUUGUCGAAUAAAAGCUUUAUUUAUGAAAUGUUAUGUUGCACUUGCUCAAUAUUAUCCAAAUAGUACAAAUUUAUUUGAUAGUAAUUAUAAUUUACAAUCGCAAUCUAUUCUUUCUUAUCAACAAUGUUCAAAUCAUGAUUAA